UUAUUAAUGAUGUCCCUCAAAAUGGAGCCACAAUUUUGUCUGAUGUUUCUCCUCAUGAUCUCAGGAGCUCUUGGGAAUCAAUGGAGUGUGAAAUACAGCCAAAGAAAUCUCUGUGCUGUAAAAGGAUCUACAGUGGUUAUGGAGGCCACUUACACACAUCCAACAGGUCUUACAGUGAAUAACAGGUUUUGGUUAAUAAACCCAGUUAAGGAUGUAGGAGCGACUGAUCUGCGUAAUGAAUCAGGUUACUCAGGCAGAGUGGAGUAUUUAGGAGAUAAACAGAAUCACUUCUCCCUCAGACUGAGUGAUGUGAAGAAAUCUGAUGAACACGAGUACUGCUUCAGAUUCAGAACAACUAAAGAUAAAUAUCAGGGUUAUCCUGGAAUUACACUCAGAGUUACAGAUCUUCAGCUGAUCGCUCCUGCAGAAGUGACAGAGGGAGAAUCAGUCAUUCUGACCUGUAAAACCACCUGCAGUCUGACUGAUCCAACAUUCAUCUGGUACAAAAACACACAUGAUUUAACCACAAACACCUUCAAGAGCAACGAACUCCACCUGCAGAGGGUCAGCAGUGAGGAUGCAGGCAGUUAUAACUGUGCUGUAAGAGGAUCUGAACAUCUCCCAUCUCCUGCUCAAUACCUCAGUGUCAGAUGUGAGUUUUAUUCAGUUUUUUAUUACUUAUAACUCAGUAUUUAAUAAAGUAAAACAAUACAAA